AUAUAUAAGCAGACUAUGACCAACUCUGCUCUACGCAUCGUAUCUUCAUUCGUGAAUCUUUCUUUGUCUCAAACUUCUUCUUCAAGUUUUCUCACAUCAAUCGCAAUGGGAAUCUGCGUGUCGUUUCACCGGGGGAGAGACUCCAAUUCUCCCCCGACGGUGAAGAUCGUGUCGGUUAACGGCGAUCUCCGGGAAUACCAUGUUCCGGUGCUAGCGUCUCAGGUCCUGGAAGCAGAAUCAGCCGCUGCUUCGUCUUCGUCCUCUUCCUCUAGGCCUUCCUCUUACUUCAUCUGCGAUUCGGAUUCUCUCCUCUACGACGACUUCAUACCGGCGAUCAAGCUCGAAGAGCCGCUUCAGGCUGAGCAGAUCUACUUCGUUCUUCCAGUCUCCAAGCGGCAGAACCGUCUUACGGCGUCGGACAUGGCGGCUCUCGCCGUUAAAGCAAGCGUCGCGAUACAAAGCUCCGCUGGGAAAGAGUCUCGCCGGCGUAAGAAAGUUAGAAUCUCUCCGAUCAUGAUGCUGACUCAGCCUAACGAUAACGCUGUUAACGGAAAAGCAAGCGAGUCGACGGUUCGGAAGGGAAGACCGUUACCGAAUAAAACGGCACCCUUUAAAGCUUCGAGCGGUUAUAACCGGUCCGGUUCGGUACGUAGCUUGAAAAGAUAUACUUCUAAACGAGCAAAGUUGGCGGUUCGAUCCUUUAGGCUCAAACUUUCAACUAUCUACGAAGGCACCGUGGUGUAGGUUUUGAUUUUUGCAAGGAACAAACAAAUCAGAAAAUAAUUGAAAUCAGUAUUAGAAGCAUAAUAGUUCUUGCAGUGUUUUUUUUUUGUUGUUGUUACAAACUGAUGAUAUAAUCUUUUUCCUUUUUGCUACUUUGAUUGUUUGUUUGUUUGAAUAUUGUAUAUUUUGGGUCACGUAUAUGUUACCAAACAAAUUGAAUAUGAUUGGCGAUGUUUCUAUAA